AUCCUCUUUUGUCUUCCUGGGAAACACAGAUUGAGAGAUGAUGCCUCAAGCUCCGUCUUUUGGUCUCUCUCUCUUCAUCUCCUCCUCUGUUCUGUAAUGAAACCAAGCUAACAAAAAAAAAAUAAAAAAAGUGAGAAAAAUGGCUUUCAACUCUUGUUUUGUUUUUGAUGCUCUUUGUUGUUUAGAAGAAAAUUGGGAGGAAGAACCCAGGGAAUACUACUUUGGGGAAGCAGGAGGAUGUUAUUACAAUGAUGGGAUUAAUAAAUCAAAUCAUUUUCCAGCCUUGUUAGAACAAGACUUAUCCUGGGAAGAUGAUGAACUUUCUUCUCUACUUUCAAAAGAAGAGAGAGAUCAACUGUGUGAUGUCCUUGAAAGCAAUGGGAAUCUAGCUGAGACUCGGCGUGAAGCUGUGGAAUGGAUGUUAAAAGUCAAUGUCCACUACUCUUUCUCUGCCCUCACUGCUGUUCUUGGCGUCAACUAUCUCGAUAGAUUCUUGUUUAGCUUCCGGUUCCAGAGUGACAAGCCAUGGAUGACUCAACUAGCUGCUGUAGCUUGUCUUUCUCUUGCAGCCAAAGUGGAGGAAACCCAAGUGCCUCUCCUGCUGGACUUACAAGUGGAGGAGAGCAGGUAUGUGUUUGAGCCUAAAACCAUUAAAAGAAUGGAGAUUUUAGUGCUUUCCACACUUCAAUGGAAGAUGAACCCUGUUACCCCACUUUCAUUUCUUGAUUACAUUGCAAGGAGGCUUGGAUCGAAGGACUUUCUUUGUUUGGAAUUCCUUAGGAGAUGCGACCGCAUUCUAAUCUCUGCCAUUUCAGACUCUAGGUUUUUGUGCUACCUUCCUUCUGUAAUGGCCACUGCUACAAUGCUGCACGCUGUGGAUUGUGUAGAACCUAAUCUUAGAGUUGAAUACCAAAACCAGCUGUUACUCAUCCUGGGAAUCGAUAAGGACGAGGUAGAUGAAUGCUGUAAGUUGAUUAUAGAAUCAGCAACAACAAGAGCUGAAGGGAAUCAAUCAAACAAACGAAGGUUUAGCACCCUUCCGGGAAGCCCAAAUGGCGUAUUGGAUGUGAAGUUUAGUUCAGAUAAUUCGAACGAUUCCUGGGCUGUGACAUCAUCUUUGUCUUCUUCACCCGAGCCUCAAUCCAAGAAGAGCAGAAUUCAACAAGACCAGUUUCUGGAAAGGCCAAGCCAUGCUCCAAACUUUCUCAGUAUUCCGCGCUAAAUUCCAUCUUCAGUUCCUCGGUCUUUUUUACCCUUUCCUAGACUAUAAAUAGUCUUCGCAAUAACAUUGCUGUUCUUUUCUUAUGAUGCAAGUUAAAGCGCUCAUCAUCUCUGCAUUUUCCUAUACCAAAACUCCAACCGAGACUCAUCUUUAGAACAAUCUCCUUAGAGCAAUCGGUGUUGAAAUUUGCAAGAAGAGAUGAUUUACAUUUUAUCCGGAAGAAAGUUGUUUUGUUUUUCAGGAACAUAACAAUGCAGAGUCCUUGGCAUUGAUGCUUUGGGUCUUUUUGUUAUUUUCAUGAGAAUAAUGUAAACAAAUUUCUUUAAAAAGAAAUGCCACAUUUA